CUUGUGUUUAUGACCGAUGAUUCAGCUGCAGAAAGGGCUGCUCUGCAAGCAACUUGGCCUAGCAGCACAUGUCUGCUUUGCCAUUUCCAUGUGGCUCAGGCUGAGUGGAGGUGGCUCAUGUCAGCAAAAAACAAAGUCAACCCUGCUGAGAGAAGGCCCCUGAUGUCUGCAUUCCAGAAGAUUAUGUAUGCCUCUACUGCAGAAGACCUGGAAUCUGCAAAAGCACACCUGCAGACACUCUCUCAUGAAGCCUUUGUUACCCGCGUGCAGGACUUCCUGCGGAGAGAAGAAGAAUGGGUACUGUUCUUCCGAAACUGGUUACCAACACGCGGGCACAACGCAAACAACUUUUUUGAGGCGUGCAUCCGUAUUCUCAAAGACAUUAUCCUUGGAAGAACAAAGGCCUUUAAUGCCGUAGCCCUAGUUGAUUUUGUUGCAAUCGUAUGGGAGAAAUACUUUGAGGCACGCAUCCUUGAACACGCUCACAACCGUGUUGCUGCUGGACGCCUCUUAUAUGACAGGCUACUCAAAAAGAUGCCACAGGGGGCAGCGGACAAGAUUGUCUCUCUGGAGCACAAUGUGUACUCUGUUCCAAGUGCUCAACAAACAGGAGAGACGUACAGAGUAUAUGCAGAUAUUGGAACAUGUACCUGUGGGGCAGGAAAGCAAGGUGCAUUUUGCAAGCAUCAAGCUUUGGUACACAAAACAGUUGGUGGUAUCUUCCCCAAUGAACCAGCACUUACUGCAGAAGAUCGCCAUCAGUUGGGGAAUCUGGCUUUGGGAGACCGCUGCCCCCCUGUCACCUUCUUCAUGGACUUUCGUGUAAAUGAGGCCUUGACAAGUCAGCAGGAGGAAACACAUCAUGCCGAUAGUACACCUGUACCUCAGCAGCAUCCUGCUGAUCCUUGCUUCACAGAGCCAUCAGAGCCAUCAACAUCGUACCAAAGUGGAACUGCAGACAAGUGCAUAACUGGUGACAUCCAUGCCCUUUCGAAAGAGCUCGAACGAUGCCAUAUGCUCGUCAAAGGGAACAGCACCUACAACAAAUACCUCCAAAAGGCAAUCCACAGCCUCAAGAAAAUUCAAACAGCAUCCCAAUGUGUUGGGAUGAUGAUGUCCCUAGGUACAACACUAAGUAACAUAACAAGAUGUGGUGGACAUAUAAAAGUUCAGCCCACCAGCAUAUCCAGGCGUCGUGAGGGACUAACACGAGGAUCCAAGAGGGUGGCAGCUGGGCGACCCUCCAACCAGCCUUCUCACAAAAAAGCAAAGAAGCGCACACACAGACUGAGCCUUAGUGUCAAAGACAAUGUUAGCCACGCAAAGUCGCAUGGCCAGGGUCACUAACUGGGUUGCAUUUGCAUUAUAGUAUUUAAAUUGUUCAAAGGUUUUUUUAAAGCCAAAGUU